UUUCAAUGUUCAGUAAUCGCGCGAUUGCCAACAAGUACGGUACGCCAACGAAGCGUGAAAGCGGUGAUUAUCUAAAAAAUAAGCGAUUUGCUAGUGAGUGUAUAAACGCUGCGGAAAAAAACGCUAUAGUGAUCGAAAAAGCUGUGGAGUAUAUUAAACGCAUAUUUUAGAAGCUGUAUAGUAGUGAAUAACAAAUACAACAACAAGCAAUAAACAUGUCAGCUAAAGCAGAUAUUGCCUUGAUCGGUUUGGCCGUUAUGGGUCAGAAUCUCAUCUUGAACAUGAAUGACAAUGGUUUCGUCGUUUGCGCCUACAAUCGCACCGUCGAGAAGGUCAAUCAGUUUCUGCAGAACGAGGCCAAGGGUACAAAUGUGAUCGGCGCCACUUCGUUGCAGGAUAUGGUCAAUAAAUUGAAGUUGCCACGUAAAGUUAUGCUUUUAGUCAAGGCCGGCAGCGCUGUAGAUGACUUCAUCAAACAAUUGGUGCCACUACUAUCGCCCGGCGAUGUCAUCAUCGACGGUGGCAACUCCGAAUACCAGGAUACCGCACGUCGUUGCGAAGAAUUGCGCGCCAAACAAAUUUUGUAUGUUGGUUCAGGAGUGAGUGGCGGUGAAGAAGGUGCACGUCAUGGACCAUCACUCAUGCCCGGCGGUCACCCAGAAGCAUGGCCACUCAUUCAACCCAUUUUCCAGUCGAUUUGCGCCAAAUCAAACAACGAACCCUGCUGUGAGUGGGUCGGCGAAGGCGGUGCUGGACACUUCGUCAAAAUGGUACACAACGGUAUCGAGUACGGUGACAUGCAAUUGAUUUGCGAAGCGUAUCAAAUUAUGAAAGCGCUUGGUCUUUCACAAGCCGAGAUGGCGGCCGAGUUCGAGAAGUGGAACAGUGAAGAGUUGGAUUCCUUCCUCAUCGAAAUCACACGCGACAUACUCAACUAUCAGGAUGAACGUGGUUACUUGUUGGAACGCAUACGUGAUACAGCUGGACAGAAGGGUACGGGCAAGUGGACUGCCAUCGCUGCGCUGCAAUACGGUGUACCUGUAACGCUAAUCGGUGAGGCUGUCUUCGCACGUUGUCUAUCCGCCUUGAAGGACGAACGUGUGGCAGCCAGCAAGCAGUUGAGUGGACCUGGCGUUAGUGCUAAAGUUGAGGAUCUACCCAAAUUCUUGAACCACAUUAAACACGCGUUAUACUGCUCCAAAAUCGUUUCCUAUGCGCAAGGCUUCAUGUUGAUGCGUGAGGCUGCCAAGGAUAAUAACUGGAACUUGAAUUACGGUGGCAUUGCGCUUAUGUGGCGCGGUGGUUGCAUCAUACGCAGUGUCUUCUUGGGUAAUAUCAAGGAUGCCUACACACGCAACCCACAACUCUCCAAUCUGCUGUUGGAUGACUUCUUCAAGAAAGCUAUCGAAGUUGGUCAAAACUCUUGGCGUCAAGUUGUCGCCAACGCCUUCCUCUGGGGCAUCCCCGUACCAGCGCUCUCGACUGCGCUCUCAUUCUACGACGGCUAUCGCACUGAAAAAUUACCCGCCAACUUGUUGCAAGCGCAACGUGAUUACUUCGGCGCACACACCUAUGAACUCUUGGGUGCUGAGGGUAAAUUCGUGCACACCAAUUGGACCGGCACCGGUGGCAAUGUCUCCGCCAGUACAUACCAGGCGUAAGGUAUAUGCCACAAAAUGCCGAGAUACUAGUUUUCGAAAAGGCAUUCCGAUUACUUAGAAAAUAAUUAGCAAUUAAUUGUGUAAUUACUUUAAAUACAUAUACAUGUAUGAAAGCAUGUAUAUAAAUGGUGUAAAUAAAACAAAAAAAUAGCACGCAAGUGUGUAUUAAAUGAAAAAAUA